AUGCCUCGAAUACCGCGGGUCGGCGCCCUUGCCUCGCUAUCAACCACCGUCACACCCAUCAGCCGAAUCCCCUUCGUUGCCCGCGCCACCUUCUCGACAUCCUCGCCCGUCAACGCUCUCGGCGACAAGACGCAAUGGGUCCGCAAGCAGCUUUGGAAGGGCGAGGCUCCCGGUGCCGCAGACCCUUAUAACGAACGUGCGGAACCGUUGGAAACCACAAACUUGCCAGAUGAGGCCCUAGAUCUGUCACAAGUGGACCGCAGACCCUAUCCCCUGCGCAAUACUCGCCUUGUGCUGCCACCCCACCAUUCCGAGGCCAUGACGGAGAAGGAGAUUGAGUCUGUUGAUACUGGGUAUACGCCUGCGACCACAAUUGACGAAUUGGAGGAGAUUGAGCCACUCAAGACAUGGUGGGAGCAACCCGGCCAUUGGGGCGAGGAGAGCGAAUACCAGGGCUUCGGUAACGCAAACCGCAUUCAGGAUGAGGCAGUCCUGGAGAUCUACCUGCGACAGGCUUUGGUUGAGUCACUUUCAUACCAACAACGAGGUCUCCUCGAGGAAUAUGCGGCAAAGAAGUGGCCCAUUGGUGACCGGGCCCACCUGGACCGAACGCUGUCUGUUGGAAUCCGGUUCAAGGACGGAAAGCCUCUGCUGAGCACACAUUUCCGAAUUGUGACCGAGAAGCUGAAGGCUAGACCUGCUGAGCUUGAGAAUGUUGAGAUUUCUCCUGAAGAGGCUCGGCAGAUCGUCAGUGCGUGGGACCCCUCAUGGAAGACCGCCACUCUUGACAGCGACCACCUCAAGUUUGCCGUCCGCAAGCGUCUCUUCCAACUAACAGGCCACUUCAUCCCCGACGUCAAGCUCGGUGCCGCCUGCACACCACAGGAGCUCAUCACUCUAGCGCUGACCUUCUCCAAGCGCGGUAAGAAGCUCGCCGAGGUCCUAGAGGACCAAAAGGCGCUUCCCACACUGCCCAACGUGACAGUGCACAACAAGAGAGUAACGCCCAUUGACCGCGAGGUCUCUCUUGGUCGAUGGAAGGUCAUCGAGGAGGAGUUGCGGAAGCGUGAUUUGCCCGUUACUGGCUCAGGGGGUUAUGGCAAGAAUAAGGAGCGGGAUUGGCUGACCGGUAAGGCUUAA